GAGAGAAGCCAGCAGCGUGUGAUGAACUCAAAUUCACCGUCCCUCGUCGGCAAUGGCGCCCCGAGAACGUAAUAAGUGCGAGAAUCCCAGGGCGGCCGAUGGUCGCCCCGCGCACAGGUCUAUUCAAUGCGCUUACACAACCUGACUUGGGCCGGCAGGCGCGACCGAUGCCUUCCUUCCUUCCCGUCUCCUCCCAUUUCCUCUACGGGGCAACAGCAGCCUGCGCGAUUCCCGUGGUGUCAAAUUGUAUAUCUUGCCAACAAUGCCUGCCAUCCGUCGCCUUAGCCUCGUCUCUGUCACAUCUGUUCCGUAUCCUUUCGUUGUCCGUCAUCUCGACUCAUCGUCCACACAAACUCUUCAUCCCACACUCAUCCUAGCCGGUGCCCUUGUGCGGUUGCGCAUGCAGCAAACAAUCAGCUACGUUGUUAGCCCCCCAUAAUACCGCUGCGAAUUCCGACGAGGCAGGCGUCUGUCUUCCACGAGCGCCUCCAACCAUCGCCCACGAGUGUUUGAGGGAUGCGAGCCAGACAGCCUCGAGAGCGACCAUGGAACGCCCAACCAACCCAGAAGAGUCGGCAAAACGGAAAGCCCGAGUUAGAGCCGACAUCGAUGCUUCGGUGGAUAAGUUGACGGACGAUGUCAACGCGACAGUGGGAGGCCCUCCUAGCGACGACGCUUCGAAGGAGGAUUGGAAUAGCUACAUGAACCUAUUUAUGGGGGAAAUAGGACGGAGAGAUGCCGAGAGAGCAAGGCAAUCCUGGAAUCAACUUGCCAAGGCCAAUAAAUGUGUUGAUAACAUGCGGAAGAGGCUGUUUUCCAUGGUCGGGAGUGGGGAGCAGGAGGAUGAGUCGUUCAAGGGACCCGCCGAUGGACCUACAAAUACGGCCCCGAACAAGAGCCAAGGCGACAGAAGCCGCCCGGCGAGGAGCCAAGGUGUGGAACUCGGUCCUCUGGCCGUUUCUCUCGACAGCCACCCUCAAAAAGAUGCCACGGAAGUCAAGCACACUCGGCCAAGCGAACAAGAGCGAGCCCUCACCCGAGACCAAGCUGCUAGAGUCCUCGAAACGCUAUCCGACCCCUCAACGUUCAUGGAAGAGUCCACAGAAACCCCACCGCCACGGAACGUCCUGGAUUAUGCGGAAACAGCAAUCGUGGGCCAACAGAGCCCACCAUCUAGAAAGAGGCGCCGAAAUGGCGUUGAAAACCUUGAGUCUAACUUGGGUACCAAGUGGGAGGCUCACGUGGACGAGGAAGGGCACAGGCCUUCCAGGAAAGGCCGCAACCCCUAGUAAUGGCGUUUUCGACAUUGUGUAAUACAGACAGGAAAGCCGCCGCAGGUCAGAAGGGACCUCACAUUUGUGGCAGAACGGAGAGGCGAUGAAGGAUGUCGUGGACAUGGGGGACUGAGGUUAGGCGGCAUAGAUAGUAUGGUAGCUUUUUAUUUCCUAGGGAAAAAUAGAUGGUUGGAGAAGCACCUCACUAAAUGCUUAAUUCCUAACAUCUAUCUUACGGAUCCUUGAAGCUCUCGCUAUCCAGUGUAAAAAAAAAAAAAAACUGGUGAGCUACCUAGGCACUCGGAUAGGUGGAGGCAAGUUGCGGAUAUAUGAAGUUUGAG